UUGAAACGAUCUUGAAGCUUGCUUAGUACGUCUUGUUUACAGAAUAAUGGUAACGGAUACCAGAAACAAUACAAUAGUUAUAUUGAGACUAAAGAUUAAAUAAUUUUCAUAACUACUUAAAAGAAUAACAAAUAAUUGAUAGUUCAAUAGUUUUUUCACAAACAACUAAGUUAAAUUGAGAAUAGUGGGUCGUGGUAAGCAUUGCACCGGCGAGCAACGAAACUUAAUACUUUCGCUGCGCAGAGAAGGGAAAUCUUAUACAGAAAUCCAGCGCAUUUGUUCAUGCUCCGCCAAAAUAAUAGCCAAUGCUAUAAAAUAUGUUAAAAAAACCUGAAAACAGAGGUGGAAUAAGGAAAACAACAUGCCAGAAUGAUAGAAGGAUUGUGAGAUCAGCCAAACUAGAUCCAAAAACAUCAGCUGUACAAAUCAGACAAGAGCUGAAUUUGAAUAACCUUUUGAGCAAUGCCCAGAGGAAAUGGAUGUGAAAAAAACACGGUAGAAAGAGAGGAGGAUGGUAACAAUGGCUUUGGUUGUGGAGGUGAAUGGGCCAAAAGCAAAAAAUCUAAUGAAGGAAGCUCUAGCAGUGGAGCCGUGGGUGGUUCCGAAGGCUGUUUAUAUCCUGACAAUAUUAUUAUGGAUGAUGGCGUAUCCUUUCAAGUGAGGUAUACCGGUUGUCUGGAAGUAAAGACGUCAAUGAAAUCAUUGGAUUUUCAAACACGCACACAAGUUGCUAGAGAAAGCAUAAAUCGAGUAUGUGAGGCUGCGGGAUUAAAAUGUGCUGGCAAAAGGCGAGUAGAUAAAAAAAUACUUCAAUAUAUUUCUGAAACGCCAUGUAUGCAACAUGCCGGAACCAACGUCAUCAUUAACGUGAGCAGCAAAUCACUAAAUUUAGUAAAUACAGAAACAGGCGAAAUUAUUGUUAGUCAUAAUAUGCCAAGAAUAUCAUUUGCAUCAGGUGGAGACUCCGAUACACUCGAUUUUUUAGCUUAUAUUGCUAAAAAUGAUGAUGAGUGGCGUGCUUGUUAUGUGCUGGAAUGUGGUGGAGGACAAAGCGAAGACUUGAUUUUAACCAUAGGUAAAGCUUUCAUGCUUAGAUACAACACUCUAAAUAAAAAUAAGCAUUUUUCCCAGGAAAAUUACAAUAUGGGUAAGGAAAAUGACAAAGACUAUUACAAUGAUUUACCAAACAAACUACCACCGGAUUUAUUAUGUGAAAACGAUUUACCACACAAAGUUACCCAAUUAAAUCUUAAAAAGUGUCGCAAUCGUCUAAGCAGUAAUCUUAUUGAUCUAAGUAGUCCACCUCCAGAUCAAAAUGCUAAAUCUAACCUUACAAGCAUCGGAACUUUAAAAGAGGGAAAAUUAACACCAGCAGUUCGAGAUGUUUUUGAUAUACAACCAUUUUCACUAUCGGCUGAAGUUCAGCGUUCACAACUUAUGACAGAAUCUUGGUUUCACGCUGCAAUCAAUCGACCAACUUCCGAAGGUCUUUUGCGUUUUGAUGGUGACUUUUUGGUUCGAGAAUCCUUGGGAAAAGAAGGGCAAUAUGUUCUAACUGGGUUAGAAGGAAAGACACCGAAACAUUUGCUGCUAAUUGAUCCCGAAGGCGUAGUACGAACUAAGGACCGAAUCUUUGAUAGUAUUAGCCAUUUAAUAAACUAUCACUGGACAAAUGCAUUGCCAAUAAUAUCCGAAGAAACUGAGUUGGUAUUAAGAAAUCCUGUUUUUAAAAAUUGUAUAAAAGGAGAUUAAAUGUGUAGUAAAGUUCAA